UUUACUUUUCUUAAAAGGAGUGCAAAAUCAAAAUGGACAACUAAAAAUAAAUGGAGGGAGUAGAAUUUAUAGAAAAUAAUAAGUAUAUAUAAAUAUUACUACAAUAGGAUUUAAAAGAAUUGGAAUUCAGCGUGUUAGUUUCUCAAAACGAAAAAAAAAACUAUGAACUCUUUUCCAUUAAUUACAGAUAGAAGAAGGGAAGAAACUGGAUGAUAUAAUCGAGAACAAGGAAACAAAUGGUCAAGAUCAAGUCAAUAAGCCUGCAAAUAAAAUCUUAGAUGAAAUAUAUGAGGAUUUGGACAUGAAUUCGGCUAUGAGAUCCACCACCAUAUUCAAAGUAAGUGUGGGGUUACGUGGAUCAAAUCCAGAUGCUUAUAAGCCAAAGUUGAUCUCUAUUGGUCCUUACCACAAACACAAUCCCGAACUUCGAUCCAUGGAAAAGUACAAACUAUUGUAUCUACAACGGUUCCUCCGUAGGAAAGAGGAGAUUGAUGUGGAAAGUUGCAUUAGAGAAUUGGAGGAUGAAGCAUUAAAGUGUUAUGACGAUAUAGAGAACCUUGAACGUGAUAUUGUUGGUAAUUUUUCAAAAAUAUUGUUACUUGAUGGUUGUUUUCUAGUUGAACUCAUUCGAGAGUGGUGUGGAAUGUGUCCAGAAGGAGAAGGACCGAUUAUAGCCAUAAAUUGCAUAAUUAAUCAAGUAUGUCGAGAUCUGCUGUUAGUAGAAAACCAACUUCCUUUCUUUGUCCUCGCUAAGCUUCAUCACAUGACUAUGAAUGAGGAAGAUGAAAUAUCAUUCACAAAAAUGGUGAAGUGGUUCUUUUUACCUUUAUUACCAAAGAUGGCCCCUGCAUCCUAUUUUGAGAGUGAAGGUAAUGAUAUUGCCGUAGAAAUCAAACAUUUACUUCAAGUUGUACACAUGUCAUGUCAUCCUUCUGAGAUUAAAAGUACUAGCCUAACCCAUGAGAAUCCUAGUUUGGAAAUGGAACAUUAUUGCAAUAAGAGCUUAUGUUGUAAUCCUUUGCAAAUAAUUAGGUCAAAAGAUAAGCCAAUAGAUAAGGACCACGUAACGGGGCAUAACGUCAUGCCAAAUGCAACAGAGCUUUCUGAAGCUGGAGUUAGCUUCGUAAAAGUCGGAUAUAUUUAUGAUUACUUGGAGGAAGAAAACUGUGAAGAUAACACAAGUUUAUUUGAUAUCAAAUUUGAGAAUGGGUUAAUGAAAAUUCCUAGUUUUAAAGUCACUGAUAGUACGGAGACUCUCCUACGGAAUCUGAUAGCGUAUGAGCAACAUUCAUCUCAUGUACGUCCUAGAUAUUUUAGUGAUUUUGCAAUUUUUAUGGAUUAUCUUAUUGACUCGGAGAAAGAUGUGAAUUUGCUUCGCCAGAAAGGAAUCAUUCGGAACAUGAUAGGAGAGGACAAAGAAGUAGCUAGCCUUUUUAACAAGAUUGGGAAAGGGGUCAUCGUUUCAUCUGAGGACUUCUAUUACAAACAAGAAUGCAGAAAAUUAGUUCACCAUUAUAAACAACCAUGGAACCUAAUGAAGGCAAGUUUAAGGCGCAAUUACUUUAAUAGUCCGUGGGUAGGAGCUUCAACUGUGGCAGCUGUCAUACUUCUCAUACUCACAGCUAUGCAGACUAUUCUAACUUUUACCGGUGGUGUUUAAGUAGUCAUUGUUCUAAUUAUAUACAUAAUGGUUGUUUAAAUGUCUCCACUGUAGUAUUUCCUCACAACUCCGUGCAUGUGUGUUGAUGAGCUUAUUGUAUCAACUAGAUGGCCCAUGCCAGUGAGCACAUGCAUUUGCCCGACAUAGUUUAUGUUAUUUUGGUACAACUAUAUACAAGAUUAACCAAAAAAAGAGGAAAUUCAACACCGGGAAGAUAUUUCUCAUAGAAA